CGUUGUUGGCCAGGUCGAUCAUCUGCGAGAUGUUUGGUCUCCCUGCAAAUGGGGCCCCCCGUCUGGCAGCUCCCGGUGCGGAGUAAUGCAGGAGAUCCCCUCUGGCGCCGGCGCGUGAAAAGGGGAUGUGCUCCUGUACUGCUCUGCUCUGUCUGGGCUGUCUGGGCUGUUUGGGCUGUCUGGCCUGCUCUGUCUGGCCUGCUCUGCUCUGCUCUGGGAGUUGCGCGAGUGCGCGCGCGGCAUGCAAAAUAAAUCCUGGUGGAUAAAUGAUUCAUCCUUCACGCUAGUUUUGGCCUGCUUUUGGCCUGCUUUGGCCUGCGCACCUGGGCCGGCACCGCACCGCACCGCACCGCUCCUCCCUUUGCUCAGCCCAAUUUCGACACCACUCGACCACCACUCGACCACCACCACCACCAGCACACACUCACGCUCUCACUCCUCCCUCACCCACAACCAGCAAAGAGAAGCACGCACAUCGUGUAAAUCGUGCAUCUGCCUCUCUAACAGCACAGCACAGCACAGCAGGAGCAGCACUCGCCGUCGCGAACUCGACUCUUCUCGCUCGACGCCUGGCCCACCCACGCUUCACUCGCCAUCCGCAGCCCUCGCUCCUCCCGAGCCUUCGACCGCUCGAAAAUCAACACCACCACCACCAUCUCCGCCUCGAUCAACACAAAACACAGCAACAAGCCCUCCGCAGCCUCCCUGCUCUGCCAGCGACACCAAUCCACCAUAUACACACCCCACCAGCAAGCAGCACACAUCCGCCACAGUCAGGCGGCUUCGCAGGUUUUGGCCUUGCGAAACAUCUAGGGCGGUCGCCCUUCCCUCCAUCUUAGUCACGCAAGGGAAACUUUCAAGCUCCGACUUUUCUCUGGCAGAAUUGUCGUGAGCGAGAAAUUCCUUGAACACAAUCAUUUCCAAUGACCACGAGGAUCACUGUAAGAUUACCCCUCGCUCUGGCCUCACACUUUGCGGAACGACCAGUCGAGGCCAGCUAUCCUACAACGCCCAUGCCCAUACUUCACACUCGAUUUGAACCCCCCUGGUCAGAGACCAAUUGCUAACACAUUACCU